CUGUUAUUAGGAUGCUCUGAUUGACAUGGUGCGUCGCUCCAGGGUUCACUUCGUCCACUGCCUGCUGCCCAAAGCAGAGGCAGUGGGUGGAGGAGGUGAGCCCCGCGUGACGCACGGAGAGAGCCCCGACUCAGGCCUUAUGACUCUGGACGUGGGCCUCCUGAGAGCUCAGCUCAGAGGAUCCAAGCUGCUGGAUGCACUGCGCAUCUACAGACAAGGAUACCCAGACCACAUGGUGUUUUCUGAGUUCCGCCGGCGCUUUGAUGUCCUGGCACCACAUCUGACCAAGAAGCACGGCCGCCACUACAUUGUCACAGAUGAGAAGAGGGCUGUGGAGGAGUUGCUCGAGUCCUUGGAGCUGGAGAAAAGCACCUACCACAUGGGUCUGAGCAGGGUGUUCUUCAGAGCGGGGACGUUGUCCAGGUUGGAAGAGCAGCGGGACGUUCAGACCAGGAGGAACAUCUCUUUGUUCCAGGCUGCCUGCAGGGGAUACCUGGCCAGACAGGCCUUCAAGAAGAGGAAGAUCCAGGAUCUGGCCAUCCGCUGCAUCCAGAAGAACAUAAAGAAGAAUCGUGGUGUCAAACACUGGCCAUGGUGGAAGCUUUUGACCACUGUCAGACCUCUGAUCGAGGUGCAGCUCACUGAGGAACAGAUCCGCGGCAAGGACGAAGAGAUCCAGCAGCUGAAGCAGAAGCUGGAGAAGGUGGAGAAAGAGAGGAAUGAGCUGAGACUCAACAGCGACCGCCUCGAGAGCCGGGUAAACACACAGAAACAGACAGACACAGUGUACAGGUUCAGCGCUCACAUUGGCCCUCAUGCCAAGUUUGACACCAUGAAAAAACAGAUGGAGUCCAUGGAGAUGGAGGUGAUGGAGGCUCGACUCAUCAGGGCUUCUGAGCUCAAUGGAGAGAUGGAUGAUGACGACACAGUGUUUUUGCAGAUCAGCGACCUGCAGGCUGAUAACGAGGAGUCCCAGCGAAACAUCCAGCAGCUGAAAAAGAAAACCCAACGGCUGACGUCUGAACUGCAGGACACCAAACUUCACCUGGAGGGCCAACAGAGCCGCAACCAUGACCUGGAGAAGAAGCAGAGAAGGUUUGACAGUGAGCUGAGUGGGGCACAGGAGGAGGUGCAGAGGGAGAGGACCCUGAGGGAGAAACUGGCCCGAGAGAAAGACAUGCUGACCGGAGACGCUUUCAGCCUCCGACAGCAGCUGGAGGACAAGGACCUGGAAGUGUGCGCGGUCAACCUGAAGCUGGACCAGCUGGAGGCUGAGCUGCAGGACCUCAACUCCCAGGAAUCCAAGGAUGAGGCAUCACUGGCCAAGGUGAGAAAGCAGCUACGCGACAUGGAGGCCAAGGUGAAGGACCAGGAAGAGGAGCUAGAUGAGCAGGCUGGCACCAUUCAGAUGUUGGAGCAGGCCAAACUGCGUCUGGAGAUGGAGAUGGAGCGUUUGCGUCAGACCCAUUCCAAGGAGAUCGAGAGCAAAGAUGACGAGGUGGAGGAGAUCAGACAGUCCUGCAGUAAGAAGCUGAAGCAAAUGGAAGUCCAGCUCGAAGAAGAGUACGAUGAGAAGCAGAAGGUGCUGAAAGAGAAGAGAGAGCUGGAGUCGAAGCUUCUGUCAGCACAGGACAAGGUGAGAAGUGGUGACAUUGAGACUGAGAAGCGUUUGAGGAAGGACCUGAAGAGAACCAAGGCUCUGCUGGCUGACGCCCAAAUCAUGUUGGACCAUAUAAAGAACAACGCACCCAGCAAGAGGGAGAUCGCCCAGCUCAAGAACCAGGUAUGGCUAAGCCUUGUAGCUCGUCUUAAGGAGAAUUUAGAGAAGCUGACGGAGGAACGAGACCAGCGCAGCAGCAGCGAGAAUCGAGAGAAGGAGCAGAACAAACGUCUGCAGAGACAGAUCCGCGACACUAAAGAGGAGAUGGGUGAACUGGCUAAAAAGGAAGCCGAGGCCAGCCGCAAAAAGCAUGAGUUGGAAAUGGACAUUGAGAGCUUAGAGGCAGCUAAUCAGAGCCUGCAGGCAGACCUCAAGCUGGCCUUCAAAAGGAUUGGUGACCUCCAGGCAGCCAUCGAGGACGAGAUGGAGAGUGAUGACAAUGAAGACCUUAUCAACAGUUUGCAAGACAUGGUGACAAAGUAUCAGAAAAGACAGAACAGAACUCAGGGGGAUUCAGACACAGACUCUGAGGUGGAGGAUCGUGUGGAUGGGGUGAAGUCCUGGUUGUCCAAAAGCAAAGGUUCUGCCAAGAACCUCUCAGAUGACGGCAGCCUCAAGAGCUCCAGAUUUGCUGUAAAUGUAGACGCAAAGGAAGGGAAAGAGUGGAAGGAAGGUAAGGAAUGGAAAGAGGUAAAUAAAGAGAGCAAAGAGGUAGAGUCGAGCAGGCCAAUGUCAGUGAUGAGCUCCCUCAGCUACAGAAAACGUUCAAACCUUGAUUCCAUCGGUGGCAAAGGGGAUGCCCUCCUCAGUGCCCUCAAGGAGAAUGCAAAGUCAGAAGACGCUAUAUCCUUCCAUAAGGCUAAACCAAAAACCUCUGAUCUUCAGGAUGAUACCUACUCAGUAAGCUCCAGGAGGAAAUCCCAGGCAGGGGAUGACGUGAAUGACAGAGAGUCAGUCAUCUCCCAGGCCUAUUCAGAGGCCAAUAGCCGAGCCAGGAAAGGCAUGGACAGCCGCUGGGGUGACUUUGAUAAAGAAUCAACCAUUUCAUUCACUGCACCAAGUCGGGCCUCCACACGUCUUGGGUUAAGCCCAGAGAAUGAUACCAAGUCAACCAUCAACUUAGGUAUGUCAACUCCACUUGGACGCCGCCAAAGCAUCUCACGCUUAGAUGAGGGCAGAGGUGGGCGUCCACUCUAUGGAAGUAGUCCCAGUAGCCCUUGCUUCAGAAGACGGUCUGGGGGUCGCAGUCCUGGAAGUGUUAGCCAAGCUGAUUCUCACAUAUCGCUGUCACGCAGCUGCCGCCUGAGUGAGUUUGGUGUUGAUGCUGAUGAUAGUCGAAGUGUUGCCUUCACCGAGAGGUCAGCAUACAGUCCUCACUCGACCACUGGCCGCAGUAUCUCCAUGCCACCACCACAAGCCAGAUCAUCAACUGCUGAUGAUGACCCCAUUGAUAACUUGGAUAUCAAAACAGUCAGUCAUCGCAACUACCUCGACCCUGACCUAGAGAAAGCCAUCAAUGAGGUGCUGAGUUUCAAGCCUAUCAAAUUUAAACGCAGGAGCUUGGAAGACUCUGAAGAUGAAGAAGAAAAAUUUAAAAAUCAUGAAGAUGAUAGCAAAGGCAUACAUAAUCAAGACAGUAACCGCCCCGCCAGCAGUCUAAGACGCUCUGCAUCCGCUGUAGACUGCAUGAGAGCAUCCCGCAGUGCCAGCAGCUGCAGCAGUCGCCAUCGAAGCAACAGCAGAAGCAACAGCAGAAGCAAGAGCAGAAGCAAGAGCAAGAAAAAGAAAAGAGGCCACAGCUCAGAGUCUGACAGCUCAGGAGACAACCAUCGUCAUAGGAGCAGCUCCAAGAGGAAGUCCAAGAAGUCCAAGAAAAAGUCCAAAAAGAGGGAUGAAUCUUCUUCCUCUUCUUCCUUGUCAUCUUCUUCAGAUUCUGACUCGGAUUCUGGGUCAGAGUCAAGCUCCGGUGCCUCCACCAUUUCCUACCGAAGUUCCAGCAGUGUGAAGAGGGCCCCGGUUCGAAAGGUGUCCAGCCCGGAAGGAGAAGUAGAGGCUCAACCACAGAGUGAAAGCCAGCCCCUUAACAAAAAGGAUGAUAAGAAGAGGAAGAAGAAGGUGGACAGCCUGAUGAUGAAGUACCUGUACCGGCCGGACAGUGACUGAGGAAGGCACCCCCCUGGCCGAAGACGCUACUGCUUCGACAGAUCUGAUGAA